AUGUAGGAGCUUAAGAGACAUUAGAGAGACGAUGUUUUUCCUCUAGAUCACGACAAGGUUAAAUUUAACAAGCAUCUUGAUUUCAAGCUAAAUGAUAAAAGGAGAAUAAGAGAUGAUUUAUCUAUGUUAAGGAUGAAAAAAGAUCAAAGAAGAAACAACUUCUUAGAUUCAGAUUUAAAGCUUGAUGAUCUGCAAACUGAAAAGAAAAGUCUAAGGAAUAUAAAGAAUCGUGAAAUUAAAUCAAAAGAUUACCUUAAUUAAGAUCUUGACUAUAUAAUGAACAUGGGUAAUAUAAGUAAAACAAGAGAGCAUCCAGGCAGUUACCAAGAGACACCAAUUUGUCAGAAAACAUCCAGAAAGUAGGCAGUUACCUAGAAUGAUCGAGAAACUCUAAAGAAAUCUAUCAUUGAAAAGCAAAGUUAGAGUCCUAACUUGAAAAGACCUAUUUCUCCAACUAAAAGCUACUCAUUUAUUCUUUCUAAAGAAACAAAAUAGAGCUCUAGUAACCUAAAUGAGACAAUCACACUGUAGCCAACUUAGAGAGAUAUAGCAGAUGAUAUUUAGGAUGUUAGCACUGCUAUUAUUGCAGCAGAUAAUAGUGAUCCUAUCGAAGAAUCUUUAAAUUAGAGAGUUAAGUUUGGAGGAUAAAUCAAUUCAGUCAUUAGUAAAUAAGACCUGUAGCCUGAAAUCAAAAAGUAAAAAACAAAUAAAAUUGAUAUGGAAAGCAAACCCGAGCUAAAGAAAAGAAAAAAUGAUAUAAAACUAGAUGAAUCAGCAUUCAAUAACAGAGAAGAUUUUCAGCCAGCCUCAACUAGGAAUAGAGAUUAAGGUUUAAAAAUAUCUCUAGACCUUACUGAAACAAAAGAUACGCCUAAAAUUAAGCAUUAAAAAAGCAAAAGAGAAGAGUAGCCAUAAUAAGCAACAUAGAAAGUUCAUAAGAAAAAGAAGAUUACACAAGAUUCAAAGGAGAUAAAGGAGAAAAAAUAAACAAAAGAUACUGCAACCGAUAGAGACUUUGAGAGACCUAUAGGACAGGUAAAGGAAAGAUUGAAGGAGGAUUUGUCAGAUGACCCUAUUGCCUUGGCUUUUAAGUUUAGAGAGUUAUUCGGGAGCAAUUAGCAUGUAUUGACUGAAAAUGAACUCAAGAAAGUCUUAAAAUUAAAUAGAUAAGCUCAGUAGCCUUUGGAUUAGGAUGCUAAGGAUCAACAAUUAAAUUAAACGUCUCGUAAACCUUCUGUUAUUUAGAUGAAUAACAAUACUUAAUCAGAUAGAAGAGAGUCUAAUUAAUUUGAAAAGAAAAAUAACAGAGAAAAUGCUAAUAAUAUUCCAUCCACCAUUGAUGCAGUAGGAGAAAAAGAUCAGAGAAAAGGCUCUACAAGUGCUAAGAACACAGUCACAAAUCAAUAAGAGUAGAAGCAAAAACCAAAGAGGAACAAGGGUUCUAAAAUGAAAGACACAGCUGGCAAGAUAGAUAUUCCUAAUAAUAGCUUUGAAGAGACAGUAAUUGUAUCAUCAACUUAAGUUACUCGCAUACAUUCCAUAUAGGAAAAUUUCAAGUAACAGCCUAGUAGAACAAAAAAAUAGGUUCAAAAUCAGAGUAACACGACCACAUAACCCUAGCAGGUUAAACUUGACACAAAUGAGAGUGAGGAUGAAAUGAUUAUUAUUACAACUAAGUCAAGAAAUAAAGAUAUUCCUGCUAUGAUCUCAAAUAAGAGUGUUUAAGAUUAUCAAAAAUCUCCUUAAAAUCAAAAAUAGGAUUCAGCAUAAUCAGAUGAAAUCUAGAUCUAAGAGCUCUAAUUAAGAGUUGUAUCUUAAGCUACGCGAUCCCCAUUCGUUAAGGGACCAUAAAAAGCUAAACAGAUAAUCUAAUUGGAUGAUAGUCUGGAUGAUUCACCUAAGAAUUAUUCUGAGUAGGAGCUAAUUUAAAAGUUCAAUACCCAGAAGAUUAUAGAUAUUGAGGCAUAGGAAGAUGCUUUUAAAAUUAUGGAAUAAAAGGAGAGUGAAAACAACUCAGAGAGCAGUAGGAAGAAUUCAGAUAAAACUGAAAUAACUCAUUAGAGAAUUGGCUCCUAAGCCUUUGAAUACCAAGCUGAUUAUACUGUUAUUCACGCUGGGAAUAAUGAGGAAAAUUCAAUUGACUCUUGA